AUGCAACAAGAGAGGUCUCAGGAUACUCAUCCACACCAGCGCUUCGUGCAUGUCCAAUUACCUGCACCUCCCUUGUCAUCCCAUAUUCACCAUACGAGCAAGGAGAAUGACAGUGAGACAAAAGAUUUUGAGAUCCCUCACAGCCUCGAUAGACUAAUAAAUAUCGUGUCUGGGUGGGGAAGGUUGACACCUGAAAGUGAGGGUCCUCAUUUGAGGACAAACUUGUCAGGUCAUGGUUCUCCAGGAUUUGCGACCGCUUCUCAUCCACAAGAGACGGCUUCGGAUCAGACGCAAAUAAUUACAGAGACCAACAACAAAACGGAGGGAGAAUCGCAGGCAUCGUUUGCAGAGGAUUAUGGGAAAUUUAACAAAGUCCUACAUUACGAGGGAUCCUAUACUGUUGAAUUAUACGAAAAGAAAGUACCGGCUGUUGAUCAAACCACAUCGCCAGCAAAAUUCCCGCAAAGCCACAUUCUGGAGAGAAUGAGGCGAAUUUCUAUAUCCGAUACAAUUAAGGAACUCUAUGCAAUCAAAGUGUAUCGCCACGCCAAAACUGCGCUAUCUCCGCCAGCCAGACCUCUUAGUCGGACUGUCUCCCUAUGUCACCCUAAUAUUGUCCCAAUCAUCGACAUUAUCUAUAAUAAGCAAAGGAAUCUCUGCCUUGUUAUGCCGUACUACGCUGGCGGCACCUUAUACUCUCUUCUUUCCCAAGAUAGGAAACCAAGCGAGAAACUGUCCACCGAGGAGUUGAACUGUUUAACUAUACAAAUCCUGCGGGCAGUGGCCUUUCUACAUGAAAAUGACAUUACCCAUGGCGACCUGAGGCCAGAACAUAUACUCCUAACAGCCCAGGGCGCAGUGAAAGUGGGUGGUUUUGGUAAAGACGAAGAUGCAGUUCGAGAACUAGUCGAACUAUCACAUAGUGGUAAUCUCACAUCCGCUUCGGCACCAAACCCUAAGUCAGCUCGGAAGUCUGAAGAUAAGCCAACCCUGUGCAUUCGGAGAGGGGUCUCGGAGUCCAGUGUUCCUUAUCUUCCCCCGGAGAGGUUUCCCGGUCGCCGUGGCUCUCGUCCUCAAAGCUAUACCUAUGAAUAUGUCUCUGACCUCAAACCGGGAGAUAUAUGGGCAUGCGGCAUAAUCUGCAUGCUACUUCGAUCCGGUCAAUUCCUGUGGCGCAGCGCCCAGAGAGUUAAUCCUGACAAAUCCUUUUCCGAUUACCUCCACUGCCGUCUAGAGGAAGACGGUGAGGUUGGGUAUGAGGAAAAGUAUCUAAUCUCGGAAUUCAAAAAGCAUUACCGAAACGUGAUUUACGCGAUGUUACAUCCCGAUUUGGGACCGAGGAUUACUGCAGCAGAGGUCUUGAGAUCUGAAUGGGCCCUCGGAGUUGCAGUUUGUGAGAUUGGGGAAAUGGGGUCUUGA